UCCCCUCAGCUCCCGCUCCUGAUCCCUUCUCCUUCCCUCUAGUCGAGGAGCUCCCGCCCUGAAACCAAUGGCAAGCCAGCCUUGACGAUUGGCAUUCCGAGCAGCCAAUGGCAACGCUCAGCGGCUUCGCUCGGGGACAGAGAGCGUCAGUGGGAAAGGCCCUCCAGGAGGAGUCCCGGAGGACAGAAUUUUCAUUCGUGUUGUUGCCUGGAGUUUGUCCCAGCGGAGAGCAGUGGCUGGAAAUCUUCAGAGGUUUGAGGAGCCUGCUCCCGUCGCCGGGCACACUUGCGGUCUGAGACUAUGGCAGGCUGCUCUGUGCAAAGUGGCAGAAACUACAUUUCCCAGGCUCCCAGGGAGUACGGAAUCCCAGCUCGCCACUUAGAAGCCAGGGACUACAAAUCCCAGCACAAUCUGCGCUCCGUCUUUCUAACUUGGGCUCCAGUGUGCCGCGCAGGGUGCGCAAAUUUGGAAUCCUUCUGUAGGAUUCGUUUCUGAAUCCCGUUACUUGAAACCCGGCGGGAAGGUCCUCAUUCUCCCUGGAGACAUGACAGCCUGCCGACAGUUAACUUCUGUUUACACGGAACUCAGAAGUCUGCAAACCAUGAUUUUUUUAAUGCUGAGCUAUCUUUGUUGCUGAGAUGUGUCAUACACUCCGUGAGAGAAGAUACAUAAACCCAUCAGGACCACCCAAGUCAAGAUGUAGAACACCUGGAACAUUCAUUGUGCCCUUUUCAAUCAGUACUGCAUCCUCGUAUCUGGAGAUCUCAAGACCAGAGAAUGGCAGGUGAACAGAAACCCUCAAGCAGCCUCCUGGAGCAGUUUAUUUUAUUAGCCAAAGGUACCAGUGGCUCCGCCCUCACCACUCUCAUAAGCCAGGUGCUGGAGGCUCCUGGAGUAUAUGUGUUUGGAGAACUGCUGGAGUUGGCCAAUGUUCAGGAGCUUGCAGAAGGAGCUAAUGCUGCAUAUUUGCAGUUGCUGAACCUGUUUGCCUAUGGAACGUACCCAGAUUACAUAGCCAACAAGGAGAGCCUGCCAGAACUGAGCACAGCUCAGCAGAACAAGCUGAAACAUCUAACCAUCGUGAGUUUGGCAUCAAGAAUGAAGUGCUUGCCAAGUGGUUUUUGUAACUGUCAUAUGACCUAUCCACAGUGUAUCCCCUACUCUGUGCUGCUGAAGGACCUGGAGAUGAGGAAUCUCCGGGAACUAGAAGACCUUAUCAUCGAGGCUGUCUACACUGACAUCAUCCAGGGCAAGCUGGACCAGCGAAACCAGCUGCUGGAAGUGGAUUUCUGCAUUGGCCGUGACAUCCGAAAGAAAGAUAUCAAUAAUAUUGUCAAGACCUUGCAUGAAUGGUGUGAUGGCUGUGAGGCAGUUCUGUUGGGCAUUGAACAGCAAGUUCUGAGAGCCAACCAGUACAAAGAGAACCACCACCGGACUCAGCAGCAGGUGGAGGCAGAGGUUAGCAACAUCAAGAAGACACUGAAAGCAACAGCGUCCUCCUCAGCUCAGGAGAUGGAACAGCAGCUGGCUGAGCGAGAGUGUCCCCCUCAUACUGAACAGAGGCAGCCCACUAAGAAGAUGUCCAAAGUGAAAGGUCUGGUCUCCAGCCGCCACUAGGGCUGGCUGGGGCAGCUGGCACUCACCAGGCCUGGGGCAGGUGGGGAGGGGACACCCAGGGCCUAUUCCUCCCCUCUCUACCUGCAGUGAGUUCCAGACCUGCCCACCCCUCACCAGUACCUCCCCAUCCAUUGGUCCCAUUGCGGAAAACGAUUGCUCCUCCUUCACCUCCUUUCCUAGUUGUUCCCUUCAAACUCAGGGGCUCAACGGAUGCCAUCCUAACAGGGUCCGACACUGCCCAGCCUCCCUCCAGGGGUUCCUUGUCUCUGUGUAUGGGCUACCUCCCUCCCAGUUGUUCUUUUGCUCCGUGUCAUUUUGUCAGGCUGGUUCUAAGCUGGAGGCAGUUUAUCCAGCCCUGAGGGAUGACUGGAGGAGGCUUCUCUCUGAGUGAAGAGGUGGCCUUGCUUCUCCAGCCCCAUGUACCACAGUACCCACAAUGGUGCAAGUGUCUCUAGUCAGGUAGCCACGUUGUUCCCUCUCCUGCCUUACUCCUGUUGGCAGUGCCAGUUCAGGCUGUGGAGGGAUGUGGUGCUGGGCUCUGUUUACUAAACCUUUGGGUUUUCAGCCUCUUAAGCCCAGCCAGGAUCUCUCACUAAGUUGGGAGCACUGGGCUGACUCACCUCUGGUGUCUGAGUCCGAGUGGAGGGCGCUUGGGGUCCGUGGGCGGCAGAAGGUGUUUCUCCUGGCUCGGUGUCCUCUGCUGACCACUCCUCCUGCUGUCUUAGGCUGCUCAGCCUUGAUUUGGCACUUAGGCCCAGUUGCCCUCUGGGAUUGUCUGCCAACAUUUGCUCUCCUGAGAUCUUUUCAUGCCUCCUGGCUGCCCCUGGGGUAGGAAUGGUGAUGCCGAAGCCCCUCAGACUGGUGAAGGACCAUUGCUGCUUUUUCUCCUUUCUUCCCACCCCUCCUUGGCUGGCGACCCAGAGCCCUCUGAUGACACCAUACUCCUGGCCAGAGAAAAGGACUUGACUAGACUUUCUGAACUUGAACAGUUUCAGGUUAUAUUUUAAUUUUUUUUUUUUUGUACAGGUUGAUUCUAAUACAUUUCAACAUGCUUUUUUCUCCUUUUGUGUCAAUGUUUGUUAUGGUCUAAUCGCCGGGGAUUUCUCACCUGGUUGGAGGGUGUGUGUGUGUGUGUGUGUGUGUGUGUGUGUGUGGGUGUGUGUGUGUGUUGUGUGUGUGUGUUGUGUGUGUGUAUGUUUUAUUUUGUUUUUCUAAGGGGAGGUGGAGGCUCUGGACUGAUUUAAACUUCAUUGAGGAAAAAGCACAUUUUAGAAAAAAACAAAAGAACAAAAGUGUAGAUUUGGCAUAUGUGACUGUGGAUUAUGGGGUUGUACAGGUGGGUUUGGAGAGCAGUAAUUUGGGUGGUUUAGAGAAUGUGACUCUGUUCUAGUAGCAUGGUUAAAAAGUGGGUUGAUCCAGUGUUAAAAGUAUUGUUUUACUUUUAUGUUGGUCCAUGUCCUGAUAUAACACUAUGCCUAACCAGAAGUUAAGUUUGACCCCCAAAGUGUGUCUGAUGAAUCCCCAAAUCACAUCUCUGUGGAAGAGGGGUCCUGUUAUUAAAUAAACGUGGCACUCCUUGCAUCACA